GGUCGAAUCAAAAAUGAAGUUUGGAAUUUGAUGCGGGAUGUCCCCUAUGACAGGUGGUGUUUACAGGAGCACCACGAGGAAACGACGGCCCUAUCAAAAGCCCCCGCCGUGAGCCGGUUCUUGUUGGUCGAUGAGUUUCUGCAACAGUUCAAGUACGCGUACUUUGGUGAUGUGGACAUCGCAUGGAUCAAAGACGAGGAGAAGCGGCCGCCUCUUCAGUCCCACAAAUCCCACGCACGCCGCAUGGGUGUACCGUACAGCAAUGUCCAGCGCACCAUCCGACAGGCUAUAUGUGAUAAACGUAUGUAA